AUGGCUUUGGCCAAGAGUUUAAUGAUAUUUUUCUUGGUGAUGGCUUGUUUCGGGGUUUGCUUUGGUGCCGUUUACAAGGUGGGUGACUCUGAGGGAUGGAGAUAUAAAGGUUUCAACUACACGGCUUGGAGACUUGAUAAAGACUUCACUGUUGGAGACUCUCUCUUGUUUGUGUACAAAGGAAAGGACAGUGUAGUGCAAGUCGAUCGCAAACAUUACCAAACAUGCAAUUCGACGGAUCCAAUUAACGAAACCAGAUCUGGCAACGAUACUAUUACCCUAGACAAGCCUGGCCACUUCUUCUACAUCACCGGUUACAAGGAACACUGCGAGCGUGGACAGAAGCUUGACAUCAGAGUUUCCCCUCCAACUAGUCCAAGUCCAAGUCCAAGCCCUAGCCAAUCACCACACAAGAGCAGUGCUCCAUCCAUCCAAUCUUCAGCUGCGAUACCUGCUCUAAUAUUGAUGGCUAUGGCUGUGGUCGUCCUUUCCUCUACUGCCUAA